AUGUCCAACCCUCCAGGCUCUCCCAACAGUCCGGGCGCGAUAAAUAAGUCGCGUCUCUCCGAGAUGGAGAAGCGCGACAACCACAUCAAGAGCGAGAAGAAGCGUCGCGAGGCCAUUCGCCAAGGCUUCGACCGUCUGGCUCGCAUUGUCCCCGGCAUGGAGGGUCAGGGCCGCAGUGAGGCCAUCGUCCUUCAAGCUACUGUCAAUUACAUGAAGGAGAAGAUCGCCGAGAAAGAGCGGCUUCGUCAGAUGGCACUCGAGAAGGGCUACAGCAUGCAGGACUUCGAGCAGAUCUACCGCGAGGCUGAGAAGCAGGUACGCAUCGAGGAUGAGGAGCGCGAGAACGGUGAGACACCAUCGGCAAGUCCAUGGCUGAGACAAACAUGA